AUGACUGGUGAACAGCAGGAGGAGACCUUUUUCUCAAUCGCCAAGCAAGUGUGCCUUCCGUUUCUAAUCGCUGGCCUCGGUAUGGUUGGAGCUGGAAUGCUACUUGACAUCGUGCAGCAUUGGGAAGCAUUUGUGAACGUACCAGAACUGUUUAUCAUGGUGCCAGCUUUGUUGGGCUUGAAGGGCAAUCUCGAAAUGACUCUGGCCUCUCGUCUUUCUACUCAUGCCAACUUGGGAAACCUGGAUUCCAGCAAGGACCGGAUGAAGAUGGCUUUGUGUAACCUGGCCCUCGUCCAGUGCCAAGCUAUCGUGGUGGGUACGCUUGCAGCCGUGGCAGCAGUGAUAUUGGCAUUGAUCACAGAUGGACGUUUCGACCUGCAUAAUUCCUUUCUUCUGGCUGCCAGUGCCAUUCUUACAGCAUCUCUUGCCAGCAUGGUUCUUGGCGUGGUGGUGAUCACGGUGGUGAACGUGUCUCGAAUCUACGGUGUCAAUCCCGACAACAUCGCAACACCCAUCGCUGGUAGUCUGGGGGAUCUGGUGUGUCUUUCACUCCUCUCAGGAUUUGCCACUUUCUUCUACGGAGUAAAAUUCUGGUGGGUGCGCCCAUUGGCAGCAGGAAUUCUCAUUUUGACGAUUCCGUUGUGGGCAUACCUGGCAGCACAGAACAAACACACAAAAAUUGUUCUUCGUACUGGCUGGAUACCAGUCAUUACUGCCAUGAUUCUCUCGAGCGGUGGCGGUCUGAUCCUCGAGCAAGCAUUAGAACAUUACAGAGGGAUAGCCGUGUUCCAGCCGGUAAUCAAUGGAAUCGGGGGAAAUCUGGCGGGCGUUCAAUCCAGCCGCAUAUCCACGUACUUUCAUCGGCAUUUCGAACGCGGCCAACUUCCGAUUGAUCUCAGAAAGUGGUGCUUCAAUCCCUUUGGCGUCUAUUUUGGAUCCGACGUUCAUGCGAAGACAGUUGCAAUCUUGAUGUACAUAGGUCACGUGAUGUUGCAUGCGAUGUGGCGUAAAGGGAUCGAUCCAGAUAAUUCUGCCAGCCCGCUUUUGACCGCUCUCGGUGAUCUUCUUGGAACAGGAUUCCUUGCUCUUGCUUUCGUCAUCUUAUAUAGUAUUGGACAUCGGGAGGUUGAUGUCGCAGAAGGACUUGAGGGACUUAGUAUCGAAAUGGUCACACUAGCUACUUCUUCAUUUUGAUGUCCAAGGCAUAUCAGCCUGACGCCCGAGCCCAUUGCAAUUCACAAAAUUUUGUUCUGCAUUCAAACCUCUUUCUUCGAUUUGUUGUCGCAUUCAUACACGCUUUUCAGUAUCCAUGGAAUGCCUCCCAUUGAUUCAAAAAGGCAAUCGUAUUGUUUUCAUUGUCGGCGCAGAAAAUUUUUUUUCCUUUUUGUCGAUUGCAUGCAUCUUCCUGAGGAGUACGUGAGGAGGACGAGUCUAAUAGCCACAAUAUGCACAUUGCAUCACCCUGACUUGAUGGGAGGCGAGAGCUUUCAGCAAAAGGCCAAAACAGGAACGGUUUCUGUUAGCCAGGCAAAAUUGGCAUGAAAACAAUUGGCUAGCUUUGAGAAUUCAUCCACUCUUCAGGGGAGUGGAAAGACGCGAACCGGAAGUUUUCAUUUCUGGCUAUCAAAUUCCGAGCCUGCCUUCCUGUCUAUGGUGGUUAUAUGACUCCAAACCCAGAUGUGAGGCACAUAGACUGACCAGAGUAAAAGAAAGACAAUAGCAUCAUAGCCGAUUUAAGUGGAGCAUUAUUUAAACCUGCUUUUUUUUUUAUCAAAUGGAGAGAAAUUCAUGGUGGGAGAGGAAGGUAAAUAAAGCCUGGUGCCAAAAAGGCACGAAAUCUUGCUCAUAUCAUUCGGGGAGGGACAAAUCCGCUUUUCUAUUUCACAUAAUUCUCUUUCAUAUUUCGAACUGACGCAUCUUGAAUCCAUGCUUAUGUGGAUUUCAUCAUACCAAAGAUAUCUUUCAAAAAUGUAUUGCACUCUUAUUAUGGUUGGGUAUGUUGCGGCUGUUCCCAUUGAGAUUGUUCAUGAGAUUAUUUUCAUUUUUGGGUAUGGUUUUUUUUGGCUUUUGUCCCACAUACAUAUGGCGUUGGAUGACUCCCGUAUGUCUUCAUUUUCAUUGCGCGGCGAGUGCGUCUGCCACCCAGUUCGCACAUUCCGCCACGAGCCAUUCUUUAGUUUUCUCAGUUGGGUGACGAAAUCUCGGGGCUGUCAGACUUAUUCAGCAAAAGAAGGAAAGAUGGGGAAGCAUUGGUGAAAGCGUUGGAUGACGCAUUGUUUCUUCAUCGUGAAUUCCCCUUCCUGCGAUCGCGAGCGAGAAGUGGGUCGCUAAGGUCGAAGAUCGGCUAUCGACGGUUGCUUUCCCGAAAGUUUUCUAAAUAAUUUUUUUAGACGAAAUUUGACAAGAUAAUGCUUGCAGAAAUGAGUUUCGAGCCCGCAGUGGAUUUCCACGAAGCUGAUAUAACACACUCCUCUUUUGGGGGCAUUUCCUGGAUA